AUUUGUGUUCUCUAACAAACAUCUUACAAAAUGGUUGAGCGAUCAGAACAGUACGAUCUCCUUCAAGGACUCGGAUGCUCAGCUCGGCUGGCCGAGGCUGUUGACCGACUUUGCCAAGACGGCAUUCUGGCCCAUACCCAACUGUCCGACCAGGUCAUAGACAAUCUGAAAGCUCUUCCGGAAGGAGUGGCAUUGCAAGCUGUGCAGAAGUUACGAGUCAGUGAUCUCUCAUCUGUUAAAAACCGAUCCGCUUUCUUUCUCGGAGUCAUCAGAUCAUUUAGAUCCCACGGUGUGACGCAACCGGCUCAAAUUGCGGGUGGCGACGCUCAGCAAGGUGUAAUUGGCGCAUAUCCUUAUCCUGGGGGACAAAACGGCGAUGUUGUAGUGGCGCCUGGAGUUUCGCCAGACAUGCAGCCGGGACAAGUGCAAAUUCUAAAAAGACAGCCGCCAACUAAAAAGGCACCAGAUGCUGCCAAGCUGAAGGAAAUUCUGGCGCGAACUGGAUAUAGCCAUACUGUAUCUACAACUUUGAGGAAGUAUGGAGGACCUCCGCCCAACUGGACUGGACCGAAGCCGGGACCUGGAACUGAAGUAUUCUUGGGACGCGUGCCUCAAGAUGUUUUUGAGGACGAUCUGAUACCUGUGUUUGAAACUGUGGGAAAGAUAUACGAGUUGAGAGUCAUUGUUGAUAAUGAAGGGUACAAUCGAGGCUAUGGCUUUGUGACCUACUGUGACAAGGACACAGCGAAAGAAGCUGUGAAGAAACUGAACCGACACGAGAUUAAGCCGAACAGGAGGAUCAUAGUGAAACUCUCUGUUCAGUUCAACAGACUCUACAUCGGAGGAGUGCCUAAGAGCAAAUCGAAGGACGAUAUCUACAAUGCAUUCUCAAAGGAGGUCGAGAAUCUCAAAUGUGUGAUUCUGCAGGAUCCUCCAUCUGGUGCUAGCAGUGAUGUAAAGAACAGAGGCUUCUGCUUCUUAGAAUUCGACUCCUACUUCGAGGCAGCUGCUGCUAGGAAGCGACUGAUGAAUGGACGACAGAAGAUUUCUUCAUGGGACAACUUCUCCAGAUUCAUCGUUGACUGGGCUAUUCCUUUGGAGAACCCUGAUGAGGAAGUAGUAGCGAACAGCACCGCUAUCCUCGUGAACAACUUGACAGAGGCAAUCUCGAAUGACGACUUGGUUGCCCGAUUCCAGAAGUACGGACACAUCAAGAAAGUGAACAAGAAGAACCACUACGCUUUCAUCACCUACAACGACCGAUCUGCGGCCGAAGCAGCGGAGGCGGCCGAGAAUCAGCAGAUCCUGAAGGAUGCCCAGAUAGACGUGCAGAUCCAUGUCCCACUGACGGGUGUGGCGAAGAGGAUGGUGCAAACUAUCAAAGGCACUCCGGGAGGUAAUCAAGGAAACUUCCAAGGUGGAUAUAGGAACCAGCAGAUGUACAAUAACAGUUCGCAGAAUGUAUCUCAGGCGGCAGUGAUGGGGUUCAACAAUGGGGGACCAGGCAGUUACAAUUCAGGCGGGGGCAUGGGACGGGGCGGAUCUGGACGAGGUAUUCCCAGGCGGGCUGGCACCUUCACCAAGACUAGAAUGAUGUCGCGUGGAAUGAGCAAUGGUCAGCAACAGGCAGGAUACGACCCCUACUUUGCCCAGGUGCAAAUGAGUGUACUGGGCAACCAAAGUGGAUACACGGGGUUCCAGUCGUUCUAAACGAAGAACCCCAAUCAAUCCAGUCAAUUCGAAUCCAGACUUGAGUGAAUUGAGUUGUGCUGAAACUGACGUUUAUAUAAAUUAGACUUUAAUCUUUGUUGUCCUCUAAAUUGAUACGCUAUUAUAAACUGAAAACUAAGUAAAUUAUGUGAAUUUUAUUUUAUGUUAAUACUUAUGCGAUUGGCAUUUCCCGAGGAAAUUUUCGGUUUUGUUGAAUUUCUGCUAGAUUGUUGUUCGACUCGCAGACUGUUAUCUUCGUGUUGGUCGCCGAGUUUUCGAUUCGUAAUAACUACUACAAAUUGGCUAAAUUGAUGCAAUUAGAUGCAUUAAGAUUAAUUUAGUUUUCCUGAAAAUCAGUCCGAGACUCUUUAGAGAGAUUUGUUGGCAUAAAUUUGAAUGAGCUCCUCAAUUUAUCAGAUCGCGAACACAAAUCACAACAAUAAGUUUAUUAUAACUCAAGUUACUCAAAAACAUUGAUUAGUAAUCAUACUCUACUCAAAUACCCUGUUAUGUUAUAACUACCCUUGAUGUGCUAGACUGUUAUUAAAAGUAAAUCUCUUUCAAUUGUGUUUGAGUUACGGCUCUGUUCAUUUUAAGAGGAAAAGUUUCCUACAGCACGCAAGGAUUAAACGAGCAUCAUGUAAGCUCAUUUCAUUUUGGUUGUCUCUUUUAAAAAAAGCCGAGGGGUUCUUUUUGUUCAAGCGGCCCAUGACAUUGGAACCAUUGUGGAAAACAAGCGGAAGCGUAACUCGUUAAUUGCAUUAAUUUAAACGUCUUCUAUGUUGCUGCAAUAUUUUUCGAUUGAUUGCGAAGUGUCGACAUAAUGUUGAUGAACUUUGUCGGUGUUUCGUCGAUGCUUGAAUUGAAAUUUGAAUUCCUG